UUUGUUUAUGGAACUUUUCGCGUCCUUCGUCGGAAUCUCACUUUUUGUUUUAGGUUUUAGGCAGACUUAUAUUUAUCCGCGGAUUUACGUAAAUCAGUUACAUAAGCGUUCCCGUUUAAUAUGUGUAUUGUUGUUUCUCGUUGAGAAUUAUAAACGUAGCUACUAUUUCAUCUAAUAAGAUUCUAAUUCAACAUGCCACAAGGCAGCGAAAAUCUACGGAUGGCUGGAUUUAAGCCUGAUGGAACAAAAGACGAGCAGAUCAAGUAUUUCCGAGAUCUUGUGGCACAGGAGGUAUCAUUUGAAAAUAGCCUGGCAGAGCAGUGGCAGAAAAAGCUGAAGGAGUCCGGGCCUGGCAGUUCGUCCCCGACCAUUACCGAGGAUGGGGCUGACCAGAUCCACUUGGCAAUCGGACAGUCUCGGCUCUUUCUUGACAAGAAAAUGCAGCAGUUCGUCGGUCUGCUUGAUGAGUGCGAGAUGGGGAAUACAACGACUACCCCGACGGAUUUGGCUGGUUUCUGGGAAAUGCUCUAUAUGGAGUUAAAGAACAUCCAUGAUCGCUUCGAACAUUUGGACGUAUUGGCUGUCAAUGGCUGGAUGACUCUUCCCACCAAAAAGACGGUUUUUGCUGCGGAUACAUCAAGUGGUAGUGAGACAGCGGACGGAGAUCAUGCCAUAUCUGACGAGGAAAGAAAGAACACUAGUUCAUCCACUUCGGACAGUCUCUCGGAUGGCUGUUGUGACUCGGUCGACAAUCAGGAUGUGGAGAGAAAACCAAAUUAUCAGGAAGUUGAAAAAAUUCUUAUCAAGCGAGAUCGCUUGAUUGGUUGGCAGUUUUUCCCAUUUUUCGAAGAUACGGUGAAGGGUUGUUUUGUAAGAGUCUACCAUUCCGUCUUGCAUAAUGUGCCAACGCAUUGUGACACUAUACCGGAGGAGAAUCUGCUUACUGAUGGAUAUUACAAGAUUGGCAAGAUCGUCGGCGUUGGAGAAUCAAAAAAACCGUAUUCCAUCAUACUGACUGAUCCUCCUGUGCCGUUCUAUACCCGAGUUACCCUUAACGUGAAGUUUGGUAAUCAUGAGGAAGAGGUUCUUUUGCGGAAUGUUUCCAACGGCAUAACGAAAGAAUGCGAAUAUACUGCUUUGUUCAACGAACUGGAGCGGUACAAAACGCCCUGGCCCACCAAAACGUUUUUGGAGAAAAAAGAGCAGGAUUUGCAGCGGGCUCUAACUGCGCUGCUGUACCCUACUUCUGCCCAUGUGGCUUACUGUGCAGAACAAUACAAUAAGUUUCCGAGACGGCAUGUUACGAUGAAAGAUGCUGAAAGUGAAUUGUCGAAGUUGAGAGAUGCCGCUGCUUUGACUGGGGAUCAGGAAUCUGCUGCACGAUUUCAGUCAGAAUUGAGCGUGUUAAUUGAGCGAAAGAUGAUUUAGGAUUUGGCUGUGCACACCCCUGAAAACUUUGUGCAAGCAGCCGCGAAAACAGCAGAGAACAAAGGGGAACCCACAGCGGAAGACAAAAAGGGAACAACUGUCCUCACUCACUCACCGCUCUUAGUAAUCCGCUAAUCAAGCCUUAUUGAUUUUGUUUGUUUUCUGUGCGACUUUGUACAGUUGGUAAUUUCUCCAUCGAAUUAACGACUUAAUAGCCAGUGCCCCAUCCCGCAAAUCAAGGCCAGCCAGCAAACCACCCUCUCGCUGAAAUCGAGCCGGCAGAUAAUUUCACCAAGUCCGAGUAUGUCUAACAUCAUUUGCCAUUGGGCAUUGGGCUGCGUAUUUCGAGGAUCAGUAUAUUUAUGAUCCGGAGAGUAACCGCAUAUACCUGGUGGUGCGCGAUGGGCAGAUGGACAAUGUGUCGGCCGCGCUCAUAGCUUCUCCUUUAUUACGCCCGCAGCUGGAGGAACAUGGCAUCGGUUUGGUUUGGGAGUCAAUUGGGACACGUAGUCGAAGUUCCUUUCCCGAAGAUGGGUCGGCGCUUUGCCAGUCUAAAUUCACGGGCGUUAUCCAUAACCCGACUGAAUCGGAAGGAGAAGGCAUUUAAAUUUAAUUUGUCUCACCGUUUUCCCGUCCGGAAGCGUUAUUCUCUGACCUGCCCUUAUCUGUUUUGAUGCCGACGUGUUGUCGUUAAUGUAACCCGCUUUUGUUUUUUCUGGGAUUUUUUCUCCACGUCUGACUUGGAUUGAUUUUUGGCGGUACGUUAGAUUCAUUAAAUAUGUGGGUGCGCUUUCUCUUUGUCCGCAAUAUUCCUGCCUAGCUAGUUAGUUCUUAAUAAUUCUUAAUAUGUCUAGCUAGUUAGUUUGCUGUAUAUCGACGAUGGGUUAUAGCUAGAUUUCUUUUGUCAUUUUGUUUUUAACAUGAUUCUAUGCCUAUUGGUCUGUACUCUGUAGUUUUCUGCGUAGACUGUUGAUAUUGAAAUGUUCACUUCGCUUUUUAGUGAACUUGCACAAUGUGCUUUUUUGCAGAAAGGCGGAUAGUUUUUUAGUGUUUUCCUAUUAUCUUCCAGAUUGUUUGACGCUCGAUAUAUUUUUUGGCUUUCGCUGCUUUACACAGCAGUACGAUUAAUAAAGGUUGCC